AUGGUGACCGUCAGCACCAUGUCUUCCACCACUAGCGCUGCCUCUCCUCUGUCUGGUGGUGCAGAUGGCUCCUUCGAUGAUGCUCUCUUCACCAAUCCCUACGUCACCGUCAAUGUCAAGGCCCAUGUCCCCAUGAUGCUCGAGCUGCAGUGCUCCGACUACACCAAGUGGUCCUCCUUCUUCCGUGCGAUGUGCGGCAAGUUCGGCUUGAUGCGGCACAUCGACGGCACCGCCCCUCCUCCUCCCACCGACCCACUCUGGCCAGCGUGGGUACAGAUAGACUUCUGGGUCCAUAGUUGGAUCUACGGCUCUGUCUCCGAGGCUGGCCUCGACUUCACCAUGGGCAGCGAUGACCAGACUGCCCGCGACCUCUGGAUGACGAUCUCCAAGCACUUCCAGUCCAACAAGGUGCCGCGGGCGAUCUACCUGAGUCAUGCCACCAUGACUCAGGGCGUCCUCUCCAUCUCUGACUAUGGUCAAGAGAUGAAGAAGGCUGCGGAUGCCGUAUGGGACAUUGGCGAACCUGUCUUGGAGUCCACCCUCGUCCUCAAUCUGCUUCGAGGGCUCAACCCCCGCUUCAUCAACAUUGCGUACUACAUCACCGGCCUGAAUCUCGACUUCACCGGUGCCCUUGACCAACUCGCCAUCAAGGAACUGCAGCUUGCCAAUGCUGAUCAGGUGGCGGCAUCCACUGCCCUCAUCGCCAGCAGCACCAUCUCCUACAGUUCUUCUACUUGCCGUUCCAGCUCCUCCACCUCGGCGCCCCUGCAACAGUCUGGCGGCCACCAGCAGCAGCAUCACUGUAAGGGCGAGGGCAAGGGUGGCAGUGGCAGACAGCAGCAGCGUGGCCCCAUUCCUGCUAGUCCGUGGGUCUGCUUCAACCCAUAG